AUGGUACAAUCACAAUUUUCACUAUCAUGGGAUUCCUACAAAUCAAAUAUAUGUUCGGGAUUUAGUUCUUUACAACAGAAUGGAGAACUUGUGGACAUGACCUUAGCAGCAGAGGGACAUUUUGUUAAAGUACAUCAAGUAUUAAUAGCUUUGUCAAGCCCUUAUUUGAAGCAACUUAUUUUAUCAGCACCAUGUCAACAUCCAGUAAUAUUUCUUAAUAAUAUGUCACAUGCAACAUUAUCAUUAAUAUUAGAAUACAUAUACACUGGAGAGGUAAUAGUACCAUCUGCGAAUUUAUCAUCCUUUAUUGAAGCUGCCAAAAGCCUUCACAUAAAAGGUCUAGAAAAUGUGGUUGAUGGUAGCAGUAAAGGUGCCAGAAUUGAAUUAAAUUUAGAAGACACUACCACAAGUAGUAUUUGCAGUAAAAGAGAUACAAAUAUUUCAGAACAGGUCACAUUGCCUUCAACUGCAAGAAAAAUAUAUAUAAAGCCAAAAGAUGAAGUGAAUCCAAUAACUGGGAACAAAAAGCCAUCUUGGAACAUAACUACGUCAGUUAGCGACAUACCGACCUACUCUAUGGUCACUGAUGAUACAGUACACGACAACAAUGAAUCCUUUAGUGACAGCAAUUUACAAUUAUCGGAGAAAAAUGAUAAGUGCAAAGCAGUAUCAUCGAACCUGCAAUUCACGGUGUCUAUCCGCGGCUCCCUGCAAGUGAUCCUAAACCGCUACAUAUACAACCUGCACUCGUCGCAGAGCUCGGGCGUGCGGCGCUGGCGGUGCAUCGACUAUCGUAACAAGAAAUGCUCAGCUUUCGUCGUAACUAACGGCAAUAUUGUUAUGAACAGAGCGAAUCCUCACAACCACUCGUUUCAUGAUAAGAAGAUUCUGGAUAAAAUAGAAAAGAACGCCGUCUACUCUGCGCUGGAUGAUGUACAAAACUUUAUAGACAAAGAAAAAGCUAAAGAUCGAGAAGAGUCUAUGGAAAGUGAAUAUCUUCCAAUGUCUUUUGCUAGUAUGACUAAUCUACCUGAAACGAAAAAUAUACAAUCUAUGAAUAAAAACACU